AGCCAUUCAUCCAGGUCUCUAGAGAGAGGUACCUCGGUGCUUAGAAGUAUGUGAUGUGAUGUCGAGUGGAGGAGUAAACUCCAGACCUCCAGGAAGUGCUGGACGUGCGACCAAGCAUUACGGGUCGAAAGAUGGAGAAGGUCGCUCCAAACAAAGCGUAUUUGAAAGCCAGCAUGCGUUGGAGCAGGAGAAUCGUCGUUUAAGCAAGGAGAUCCGCACAAGGAAUUUGGACAUGGAGCGAUUGCAACGAGAGGCUGUUUCCCUUCGUGAACAAAUCCAGGAAGAGCAACGUCGUCGACGAAGCCGUGUUUCUGACCUCCAGGAACAACUGCAAAGACUCGAAGGUCAGAACAGGCAGCUGCAGGCCCAACUUUCUCGAGCCCAGCUUCAGAUUACUUCGAAAGUAUCGGAUGCAACAGCCUUGAAACGCGAAGUUGUUACAAAGACAAUGGAACUUGAGAAGCUUGCGAGAGAAUUCCAGCAGUCACAAUCAGAUCUGUGUUCGAGAGUUCACUCUGUUUCUGAUAGCCUACUCCAAAUGUCGCGGGAUGUGCGGGACAUGACAGUGGAAGCCUCACGCUCCGAAAAAAUCUCAAGUCCAGUAGCAAAUCCCUCCCACCACAGUGGCAAUGGACACGCUCCUGGACAUGCAGGGCAUGUUGGACACAGUGGCCAUGGCCACGAAGCGUUUGCUGCAUCGACUCCAGCACCUUCGACCCAGUUUGCUUCUCUGGGAGUUGACGAUGAAACUCUCCAUGCCUUGAAGCGAAGACUUCAAUCCCUGGGCGAUGUGUUGGUCUUUACCAGUGACAAAUUUGAUGCGUGUUGUGCAUCUGGGCACAGCAUUCCACCUGGAGCUGUGCGAGUGCGACCUCGACGAUGUGACCACGUAUUUUUGGUUGAAUGCUUAAUGCCAUACUGGGUGGGAGGUUUAUGCCCUGUUUGCAGGUGCAGCUUUGCCUACAGCCGAGAAAAUGAUGAGAGCGACAGGUGCUCGUCUGUUUCCACCAGUGUCUCGCAGCGAGCAAAUGUUCUUUCUCUCAGGCACGAAGCGCGGCACCUUGAAAAGGUGGACACACGAGAGGUGAUGGCCUCGUUGAACUUCCGAGGCCCAAAAGUCCUCAGGGGACAGCGAAGUCAUGCCAGCGAUGCAUCUGGUCCUGGUCCCUCUCGCUCUGGCACCGGUGCCACUGGAGUUUCUGGCUCCUUGGGUAGAACAUCUUCAGGCCGGGAUCGACCACUAUGACACUAUGAGUCGCAAGAAUCCAGACCGCUGUGCUUGUCCGAAAACACGAAGAGCAAGAACUUGGUGGACUCAUUGCAAUUCUGUACUGGCCAACUCUCAAACAUGAGGGCAAAGUAGGGCAAAUCGCUGCACUUGGAUCGAAGAGAAAGCGCUGAAAGAUGAUGGCUGGACUCGAUGGAUCAUGUCAAAAGUGCUCCCGUCUAGAGAUUUGAAGAGCUUUUGAGCAGCCAUGGUGCCACAGUAUGCGCUUCUGAGUGGUGAAAAAA